AUUUUUUUAAACAAGAAGUUGAUUUGGUUCAAAUUAUUUCUUACCCUAAUACAAAUGAAUUUGUCUUCCUCUCUAAACGUGAUUCCAUUAGUCAAGCUUCACGAAUUCGAUUAAACCAAGUUAUUAUAAAGAAUCACCUUGACGAACCGGAUACCUCAAUUCUUCCUCAUCAACAAUCAUCAAUUAUCCAAAAAAACUUUGAAUCUCUUGCCAGACUUCAAGAACUUGCUGAAAAAGAAAUUUAUGUUUCUGAUGGGACAAAUAAACUAUAUUAUAAUGAUGAUUUAUGUUAUAAAUUUCCCGGUGAUUCUUUAUGUUUUUCCUUAACUUCUCCUGCUCGUGAAAUCAAUGUUACAAGGCCUUUUUGUCAACCCUCAUCUUUCGGCCCUCUCACUGAUGUUAAUUGUGAUGUAAUUUUGAACUACAUUCUGAAUGCUGAUGGGCCUUAUUUGGCUUAUACUGAUGCUUGGGUUGAUAAUAUUAUUGACUUACGUGUCGGUCAAUUUGCUUCUACCGGGAAGAGACCAUAUGCUUCUGCUAAAAAAGGUUCUUUUCCUUGGUUUGCUUUCGCUAUCACAGCUCUUACUGCAACUCCACCCUCUCAAAUUGAAGAAAUUAGAUCUGCUACGAUUCCUUUCAAAAAUGUAAUGACUGGUAUAACUGAAGAAGGUCCAAAAAUAAUUAGGGAUUAUUUUAUCGAAAUUAUCGUGUUAUUCAUUGGUGCUGUUAGUGGCGUUACUGGUUUACAAGAGUUUUGCUUUUUGGCUGCUUUUAUUUUAUUAUAUGAUUGUUUAUUCUUGUUCACAUUUUAUACUGCCGCUUUGGCUCUUAAACUUGAGUUGAAACGUAUUCGUAAAGUUUUAUCAACUGAAAAAACUGCUGAAAGAGAUGAAUUACCAAGCAGUCCCACGAAGCUUAUUUUCAUGCCUUUACAGGAUAAUAGUGCUGAAACAGAGGAUGCAAAAAAAUUUGAUAAUCCAAUGAUUUCAAGGGCUGAUUCUUAUUAUAAUCCAACAACAAUACCAAUUCUAGAUGUCAUCCUUUCACAACAUCGGUCAAGUCCUAAAGCUUCCUUACCUUUAAUUGUCGAUGUGGCUUCUCCAAUAAUCUUUCGAGCUGAUCCAAGUGAUGUAAUCGGUAGUCAAACAUUCAUUACUGCAUUCUACAAGAUAUUUGACACCAUUUUAAACUAUUGGUCUCUUUAUGUUCGAGAUUCGGUACUCUCACCAUUGAUUUUUAUUGGAUUAAUUUUCUCUAUUGUUUUGAAUGGUUAUCUUUUGAACACUUAUAAUCAAUCAAAGACUAACGAAAAAACUUCUGAUGUGGUCGCUUCAUCAUCUACUUCGAAUAUUAUUUCCCGGGAUGCACCUACUGAAAAAUCUGUUUCUCAUAAUAAUGACUUAAAACUUGAUCCCAGUCCUAAAUCUCUAGAUAAUGAUUUAAAACUUGUUCCCAGUCCUUCAACUGAAUGCGUCAAUAUUCCUAAAUCUCUAGAUAAUGACUUAAAACUUGAUCCAAAACCUCCAAUUGAAUGCGUCAAUAUUCCUAAAUCUCUAGAUAAUGACUUAAAAAUCAGUCCCAAACCUCCAACUGAGUCCGUCGAUAUUUCCAAGUCGCUAGAUUUAAGUGAUCCUAUAACCAUGUCCGAUGAAGACAUUCUUUUGUUUAUUAAUAAUGGCAAAAUUCCUCCUUAUAAUCUAGAAAAAUUAUUAAAGAAUAAUGAACGAGCUGUAAAAAUACGUAGAGCCUUUAUAUCACGUACCUCAAUCACAAAAACUUUGGAAUCUUCAGUGUUACCUUUGGAAGGUUACGAUUAUUCAAAAGUUAUGGGUGCAUGCUGUGAAAAUGUAAUUGGAUACAUGCCAAUCCCUCUCGGAGUGGCUGGUCCCUUAAAAAUUGAUGGUGAAUUAUUUCAUAUUCCGAUGGCUACGACCGAAGGAUGUUUGGUUGCUUCAACUUCUAGAGGAUGCAAGGCAAUUAAUGGUGGUGGAGGUGCUAAGACUGUUGUGACGCAAGAUUUGAUGGCUCGUGGACCUUGCGUGGAAUUUCCUAAUAUCAUACAGGCUGGUAAAGCUAAAAAUUGGUUGGAAAACGAUGGAAAUGAUAUUAUAAAACAGGCGUUUAAUUCUACAUCUAGAUAUGCUAGGUUGAAGAAGUUAAAAGUUACUGUUGCUGGAAAAUUAUUGUUUAUUAGGUUUUCUACAACUACAGGAGAUGCGAUGGGAAUGAACAUGAUUUCGAAAGGAUGUGAAGAAGCACUUAGGGUAAUGAAUGAACAUUUUCCUGAUAUGCAAAUAAUAAGCGUCAGUGGAAACUAUUGUACAGAUAAGAAACCCGCAGCAAUUAAUUGGAUUGAAGGACGUGGAAAAUCCGUAAUUGCUGAAACAAUCAUUCCCGGUGACAUUGUAAAGAAAGUAUUGAAAACCAGUGUUGAAGCACUUGUGAAAUUGAAUAUCUCAAAAAAUUUAGUUGGAAGCGCGAUUGCAGGUAGUAUCGGAGGAUUUAAUGCUCACGCGGCAAAUAUCGUUACGGCAAUGUAUAUCGCGACCGGACAAGAUCCAGCACAAAAUGUUGAAAGUUCAAAUUGUAUAACGCUAAUGGAAGCUAUUGAUAAUCCAGUGACAAAUACUAAAGACUUACACCUUACAUGUACAAUGCCAUCAAUUGAAGUAGGAACUAUAGGAGGAGGAACAAUAUUAGGACCACAAAGCGCCGUGUUAGAAAUGUUGGGUGUAAAAGGACCUCAUCCAACAAAUCCAGGGGAAAAUGCGAAAAAAUUAGCGAGAAUUAUAUGUGCCAGUGUUAUGGCGGGAGAAUUAAGUUUAUGUGCUGCAUUGGCAGCUGGACAUUUGGUUAAAAGUCACAUGACACACAACAGAGUUGGACAUUCAAAUUCACACGUUAUAUCAAAUAGAACUACAAUACCUCCUGUUAAUAAUUGUAUUAAAAAUUCUGGAAUAGAAAAUGUAUCUGAUUCAAAUAUACCUAUCCCAGGAUCUUGUUUAAAUUCGUAG